AUGUCUCUCCCUCUGAUGUCGCUCAUCAACAAAAAAGUCCUCAUCCUCACCGUUGACGGCCGUACACUCCUCGGCACGCUUCUCUCCACCGAUCAACUCACCAACAUCGUCCUCACCAACACCGUGGAGCGCAUUAUCCGAACUCCCGACGACGAUGAGCCCUCAGCGCAGGUGGAGCAUGGCCUGUACCUCAUCCGAGGUGAUAAUGUGGUCAUCUGUGGUGAGGUAGAUGAGAAGAUCGAUGCAGAUAUUGAUUGGUCCAAGGUCAAAGGACAGGUGAUUCGGGACACGAAAAACGUAUGA